AUGACUUUGAUACAAGGUGAUGUUAAGAAUCUUCCAUUUUUCUACUCUUUAUCGUGCCGUAAAAUCAACACAAGGAGAAACGCAGGAAGAAGAGUCGAAGAAGCAGCUGCUGAAGGCAACCAAGCUCCUCCUCAAGCCCCAACUGCUGGAGUGCAAGUGCCUGUCAACCCAGUUGUGUUGACGGAUGGACAAGUAAGAGGAGCACUAGUUCAGAUGGCCCAAGCAAUCACCACUCAGGCACAAACUAUCACAGCUCAGGCCACUAGAGAGGGUGCUCCUAGGGAGAACCUACAUGCUAGUACCAUGGCUAGCAGACUGAGGGCCUUUACUAGAAUGAAUCCUCAAGUUUACUAUGGGUCCAAGACUAAUGAGGAUCCCCAAGAGUUUGUGGAUGAGGUUCAUAAUAUUCUCUGUGUUAUGGGUGUUAAUGAAGAGGAAAAGUCUGAGUUUUCUACUUACCAACUCAAAGAUGUAGCUCAGGUGUGGCAUAGGAUGUGGCGAGAUGACCGACCACCAGGAGAAGUUCCCAUUACUUGGGACGUUCUUAAGACUUCAUUCCUAGAGAGUUUCUUUCCCAGAGAACAGAGAGAGUCUAAGGUUGAGGAAUUCAUCAACUUACGACAGAGAGGUAUGUCAGUUAGGGAAUACUCUUUGAAGUUUGUUAAGAUUUCCAAAUAUGCUUCUUCUCUGGUGUCCAAUAGUAGGGAUGAGAUGAGCAGGAUUGUGACUGAUGUGUCGGAGGAUUUGGAGGAGGAAUGUCGGGUUGAGGAGAGUCGUCGGAGAAAGAGAAACCAAAAGAGCAAGAAUAGGUCCUCGGAUCAGUCUGGUUCGAGCAAUGGUAAUAAUUCAUUUGGAGUUCGGGAUAGGCACAAGUUCAAGAAGGGGAAUAAGCAAUAUGUAAUCCUACUCCUUCUAAGAACACUAAUGCCAAAGAGGUCAAUGAAAGAAAUGCCCAGUGUGCUAGAAAGUCGUGUGAUAAGUGUGGCCGUUUGCAUGGAGAGUGGGCAUAUGGUCAGGGAAUGCCAACAGAUUAGGAAUCAGGCUAGGACAGAUGAUUUGCCUCGGCCUAAUCCUACUGCUGCAUCAGAACCUCUCAAGAGGAACAAAUUCUAUGCUUUAAAAGGUAGAGAAGAGCAAGAGAAGUCAGUUGAUGUGGUCACUGGUACAUUGCAUGUCUUCUCUUUUCCUGUGUAUGUAUUGUUAGAUACAUGA